AUGGUGUCUAGUGAUCAGAACUUAGAGCUUUGUAGGAUUCCUACAAUUGAGGAGGUAAAAGCAACAGUGUUUGCAUUGAAUGCUGAGAGUGCAGGUGGUCCAGAUAGUUUCACAGGCAUUUUCUUUCAAGAAUGUUGGGAUAUAAUAGGAGAAGAUAUACAUGAGAUGCUGAAACUAUUUUAUGGAGGAAGUCCUUUGCCUAAGUCUAUAAGCUUAAGUAAUUUUAUAAAUAAAUUGAUAUCUAGAGUUGUUCAUGAUAGGCUGGAAAAGAUACUACCUUCUAUGAUCCCUUCCAACCAGUCAGGAUUUGUCAGAGGAAGAAGUAUAUUUGAAAACAUCUUAUUAACUCAGGAGAUUGUUACUGACAUAAGAUUAAGGGAAAAACCUGCCAAUGUAGUUAUCAAACUUGACAUGGCAAAGGCAUAUGAUAGGGUCUCUUGGUAG